CCCUUCUACUAAAAUUUUCUGUUUGUAGCAUGUGACUUUUCUGUCAAAGAUGACAGCACCAACCAUCACGUGAAACUUCACUAACGAUCAGCUGUCUGCUGGGGAGUGGUUGUGUGUAGUGAGGGUUGUUUUGUGUAAAAAUCAGAUUUUUGUAAGAAAUAUAAGCUGCGGCUCCAAAACAGUACCAACCAGCACUAUGACAGAAUACUGGCUAAUAUCAGCCCCAGGCGAUAAAACCUGCCAACAAACAUGGGAACGAAUGAACACCACCACAAGCAAGCAAAAUUCUCUGUCCGUCAAUUAUAAGUUCCACAUUCCAGAUUUAAAGGUGGGUACUUUGGAUCAAUUGGUUGGUUUGUCCGAUGAUUUGGGCAAGUUGGAUGCUUUUGUAGAACAAGUGACCAGAAAGGUGGCGUCCUAUUUGGGCGAGGUGCUCGAGGAUCAACGCGACAAGUUGCAGGAAAACUUGAUGGCCAACAACACCGACUUGCCCAGUUACCUCACCCGUUUCCAAUGGGACAUUGCCAAAUACCCCAUUAAGCAGUCGUUGCGCAACAUUGCCGACAUCAUAAGCAAACAGGUGGGCCAAAUCGAUACCGAUUUGAAGACCAAGUCGACCGCUUACAAUAACCUCAAGGGUAAUCUGCAGAAUUUGGAGAAAAAGCAAACUGGCAGCUUAUUGACGCGUAACCUGGCGGACCUGGUUCAGAAGGAGCACUUCAUUCUGGACUCGGAGUACUUGACCACUUUGUUGGUCAUCGUGCCUAAGGCCCAGUUCAACGACUGGAACACCACGUACGAGAAAAUCACGGACAUGAUCGUACCCCGUUCGUCGCAGCUCAUCACUCAAGAUCAGGAAUACGGUCUGUUCAACGUCUCGUUGUUCAAGAAGGUCGUGGACGAGUUCAAGUUGCACGCGAGAGAGCGCAAGUUCAUCGUGCGCGAUUUCACGUACAACGAGGAGGAGUUGGCCGCCGGCAAGAACGAAAUCACCAAGUUGGUUACCGACAAGAAGAAGCAGUUUGGACCCUUGGUUAGAUGGCUGAAGGUCAAUUUUAGUGAAUGUUUCUGUGCCUGGAUUCACGUGAAGGCCUUAAGGGUGUUUGUUGAAUCAGUAUUGAGAUAUGGGUUGCCGGUCAAUUUCCAAGCGAUUCUCAUCCACCCUAACAAGAAAACCAUGAAGCGCUUGAGGGACGUACUCAAUCAGCUCUAUGGCCAUUUGGACAGCAGUGCCACCCUUUCUGGUGUCAAUGUUGAUAGCGUCGAUAUUCCCGGAUUAGGUUUUGGUCAGUCGGAGUACUACCCGUAUGUCUACUACAAAAUAAAUGUCGACAUGAUUGACUCAAAAGUUUAAAAUUCCAUUUACCGUAUUACCUAUACUCCCAUAAGUUUUUAGAUUUAUUUGAUAGUUUUUUAAAAAUCAAUGAUGCAACGUACUACUAGUUAUAAAUUUACUAUUUGUACGUUCCUUGUCAAAGCACAUUUUAAAAUAGUUGGGCUGUUAGAUAUAUUUUAAAUAUAAAUGUAUAUAAACUAAUAAAUGAUUGUAUUUUUACAUGUUCAAAAGCAUAAGAUCAGUGCAAUAUUGGAUGCUUUUCACCAACAGUCUUUGACAAUAUUAAAAUGUAGAUUCCACAAAUAAUAAUGUUAAGCUAUUAAUACCCUGAGAACAGUAUUUAGUUCAUUGUAAAUAACAUGUAAAUACAAAAUUAUUAUGUGAAAUAAAUUAAAUGCUUUAAGCUCA